AUGGCGUACCUCCCGCUCCCGCGGCCCAAGUCCCUGCUGCAGAAGCUGGAGACCUCCUUCCAGGAGGCCUGGCUGCGGGACUUCCCCUGGCUGCGCUACUGCAAGGACACCGGCCUCAUGUCCUGCGCCUGGUGCCAGAAGACCCCCUCAGACGGCAGUGGUGGGAACCUCCCCCCCGGGGGCCAUGACGAGCUGUCACAAGGGACCCGCAACUACAAGAAAACCCUGCUCCUGUGGCACCACCUGUCCACGGAGCACAAGCUCCACGAAGCCAAUGCCCAGAAAUCAGAAAUACCUUCAGAACAGGGAUACUGUGACUUUAAUAGUAGGCCAAAUGAAAACUCUUAUUGCUAUCAACUUCUUCAACAAUUAAAUGAGCAGAGAAAGAAAGGUAUUCUUUGUGAUGUCAGCAUUGUGGUGAGCGGAAAAAUCUUUAAAGCUCAUAAGAACAUCCUGGUUGCAGGCAGCCGUUUCUUUAAGACUUUAUAUUGCUUUUCCAACAAAGAAAGCCCUAACCAAAACAAUACUACCCACUUAGAUAUUGCUGCAGUUCAAGGUUUCUCCGUCAUCUUGGACUUCCUAUACUCUGGUAACCUGGUGCUCACGAGUCAAAAUGCCAUUGAAGUGAUGACCGUGGCCAGCUAUCUGCAAAUGAGCGAAGUUGUUCAGACUUGCCGAAAUUUCAUUAAAGAUGCCUUAAAUAUAAGCAUUAAAUCUGAAGCUCCGGAGUCUGUGGUUGUGGACUAUAACAACAGAAAACCAGUCAGUAGAGAUGGUCUGUCUUCAUCACGGGAUCAAAAAAUUGCCAGUUUUUGGGCAACACGGAAUCUUACCAAUUUGGCAAGUAAUACAAAAACUGAAAAUGAUGGUUGCAAUGUCGAUGAGGGCCAAAUGGAGAACUACCAAAUGAAUGACAGUGGUUGGGUCCAGGAUGGUUCACCUGAAUUGGCUGAAAGUGAAGCCCCACGUCAAACAAAAGUGUUUAUUUGGAAUAAUAUGGGCUCCCAGGGAAUUCAAGAAACUGGCAACAAAAGAAGGAGGAAAAACCAAACUCCAAAGAGAUUUAUUGAUAAUAUACCACCUAAUAAUGAAACAAGUUUAGAAGAUUGCUCCGUGAAGCAGCCACCUGUCGCCUAUCCAGAAGAAGAUAUGUCAUUCAUUAAGGAAGAACCGGAUCUGGACGGUGCUCUGCUCCCGGGGCUGGACUGUGACAGGAAUGUGAACGCAAACGUGCUGGCAGAAGCCAGCUUGGGGCAGGAUGCAGGCGAUGCUGGUACUUCACGUGAUUUCAAGUAUGGCCUGAUGCCUGGCCCAUCAAGUGAUUUCAAGUAUGGAUUGCUACCAGGUACUUCAAACACUUUCAAGUAUGGCUUGCUACCAGGUGCUGCAAACGAUUACAAGUAUGGGUUGUUGCCUAAAUCUUGGCCAAAACAAGAAAGUUGGGAAAAUGGUGAAUCAUCUCUAAACAUGAACAAGUUAAAAUGCCCUCAUUGUACCUAUGUAGCCAAAUACAGACGAACACUAAAAAGGCAUUUGCUCAUUCAUACUGGAGUCAGAUCCUUUAGCUGUGAGAUUUGUGGAAAACUGUUUACUCGCAGAGAGCAUGUAAAAAGACAUUCCCUGGUGCAUAAAAAGGAUAAAAAAUACAAAUGUAUGGUGUGUAAGAAGAUCUUCAUAUUAGCUGCCAGUGUUGGAAUCAGACAUGGAUCUGGACGCUGUGGUAUUUGUGUAGAAUGUGCAGAUAAACCACAGCCAGGAAGGCAAGAAGAUGUAGAUCAGGGACAGGAGACAGAUUUCCCUCGGGAUGAAGAGUACGAGGAGAACGAAGGGGGAGAAGCCGAAGAAGAGCUGGCUGACGAGGGAGAAGAUCAGAACCCCCCGUCCCAAUGGGACGAGUGGGGAGACGCCUGUAUGUCUCAGGAUGAUUAA